AAGCUUAAUGGGAAAUUGAUUGGAGAAGUUACUCAAAAGAAAGCCCAAAAGGGGUGAAUCUACCCCAAAUGUACAGGAAGUAUUCCAAAAUCCAGAACCAUUUAUCAAUGAAGAACAUAUUUAUGUAGGCGGGCAGAUAGUCAGUUGAGAUGAAGAAGGCGAUUUCGCAAGCAAGGAUUGUUCGAAAGAUGCAUUAUUUGAAGAUCUUGAGAAACAUGUUAAAAUAGAAGAUAUUAAGGUAUCAAUUGAUGGCAAUAUGAACAAAAAUGCAAUCAGAAGGAAAUCUAAAAGACAACACACGGUGAAGCAUCCAAAGAGAAACGAAAGCAUGAUGCACAAUAUCGAGAUGGAAAACUCAUCUGAACGCUCUAAUCGACCUAAGCGGGUGUUUAAAACCCUGAACAAGAGGAAGAACAGUGGACAAAUCAAGAUUGCUGAUAAUUACUAUACUAAGGAUCAGGAAGUUUUAUAUGCUCUCAAAAAGAAACUGGAUACUACUCCUAAAGUGGAUAAGCCUCAGAUUACUGAAUGGAAGAUCAUGAAGCAAAUCGGCCAAGGCUCUUUCGGGAAGGUAUAUUAUGUCUUUGAUUCAUAAAACAC